AUGUCACAAUAUUUCAACGGCAAAACCGCCAUUGUAACGGGCGCAGGUUCUGGCAUAUCCUUUUCUUUUGCUAGACUGCUACUAGAAAAUGGAGCAAAUGUCAUCUUUGCAGACUUGCAGCUGAGAGACGAGGCACAGAGUUUGGUGGACUCCUAUUCAUCCGGCCAACCUCGUGCAGUCUACAAGAAAACAGAUGUACGACAAUGGGACCAGCUGUCUGAGCUCUUUGAUCUCGCAGUGCAUGAUUUCGGAGGUGUCGACAUCGUAUGCCCUGGUGCCGGCGUGUACGAGCCGGAGUUCUCCAAUUUCUGGAUACCGCCUGGACAGGAGCAAUCAAUUGACGAUCCCAAGGCAGGACGAUACGCUUCUAUCGACAUCAACCUCUCCCACCCGAUUCGUUUGACGCAACUUGCCAUCUCUCAUUUUAUGUCUGGCAAGCCUGCGGCUGGUCCAACGAACCGGAAGUCGAUCAUCCUUAUCUCCUCCACAGCGGGACAAAAGACUCCACUGGCAGCCCCCAUCUACUGUGCUACCAAGCAUGCAAUCAACGGUCUAGUGCGAUGUUUGGCACCACUGCAGGACAGGGUCGGUAUUCGAGUCGCUGCUGUUGCACCUGGCGUCGUAAAGACGCCUCUGUGGACUGAGCAUGCGGAAAAGUCGCGAGCAUUUGAAGAAGGAAAAGAUGAAUGGGUAACGCCUGAGCUGGUCGCGGAAGUAAUGAUCGCCCUUGUAUGCAAAGAAGAGAUUGCACAGAAUCCCAGAGACUCGGCGACAGACCCGUCUUCCAUCAUGGUCCCGAUCACCGGUGGUAGUGUCUUGGAAGUCACGGCGGACUAUGUUAGAAACGUGACGGCUUUCAAUGAUCCAGGACCCGCAGGUAGAGCAGGCAGCACUUUACAUUUACGUCCACACCUUUACGCUAUCGGUUAA